AUGCGUACUCUAGCCAAAACAUCCGGCUUUAAUGGCAGCGAUGACUAUCUAAAUGGUCUGGAUGCUGCGAAUAGAACCGAAUUUAUAUACACUAUUAAGUCUAACUGGAUUACGGAAUGGCGCAUACGGAAGGAGCGCGAGAAUCUCUGCCGUGGCCUCUACAAUAGGGUCAUAGAGCACGCGGAGUGCAAACGCCUGUUGGAGGCGGCAAAGAUCUAUGGCGAGAUUACGGACUUUAAUGCUUGGUCACCUAAUGAGCAGCUGCAAUGGUAUCGCAAUUUCGGUUACAAUUUGACCAACUUUGGCCGGAACAGCUCGACGGAGACAAGUGCCACGCCCGUGGAGGUUAGUGGGCCGGUGCCCGUGUUGCCGCCAUUUGAGACCUGGCAGACAAUUGCCAUAGCAUUGUGUUUGUUCUUGUGCAUCAUUCUGACGGUGGGUGGCAAUAUUCUCGUGCUGCUCGCCUUCAUUGUGGAUCGGAAUAUACGACAGCCCAGCAACUACUUUAUAGCCUCACUAGCCGCAACGGAUAUGUUGAUAGGAACUGUUUCCAUGCCCUUCUAUACCGUAUAUGUGCUAAAGGGCUAUUGGGAUCUGGGACCCUUACUCUGCGACUUGUGGCUAUCUGUGGACUAUACCGUUUGCCUGGUCUCCCAAUACACCGUCUUGUUGAUAACCAUUGAUCGCUAUUGCUCGGUGAAAAUCGCGGCAAAGUAUCGCAGCUGGCGCACUCGGACACGGGUCAUUUAUAUGGUCUCCAUCACCUGGAUCAUACCGACGCUGCUGUUCUUCAUCUCGAUCUUUGGCUGGGAGCAUUUUACGGGCAAACGCGACCUGUUGCCGGGCCAGUGCGCUGUGCAGUUUCUCAAGGACCCGGUCUUCAAUACGGCAUUGAUCAUUGGCUACUACUGGACCACGUUGAUUGUGCUGUUCGUGCUGUAUGCGGGCAUCUAUAAGACCGCCUACGACAUGCAGAAGCGGAGCGAGGCCAAACAGCGCAAGAUGCAGUCGAUGGUGGCGCUGAGCGCUGGCGCCAUGUCCGGCAUGGCUGGUCAUGCUGCGGGCAUUGGUGUCAUUGAGGAGAAGAUACUAAAAACUAAGGUGCAGCUAUCGGAGGUAGAUAGCAGCGGCUGCAACACGGCUGUAAAGCGUCUGAGCGGCUCGGGCCAAGCCAAUCCGCUGGCGCAGGCCACCGAAGCAGUUGCCAUUGUGCAGAUGACACCCGAAGAGCGACGCGCCUCCGAGGCCAAAAUUGAGGAAUCCAAGCGUGCAGCGGCCGAGGCAGAGAAGAGCGAACGCUCCAGUAGUCCAGCCUUUGAUUCCGAUGAGGAGUCCUCUGUCAACCAAACACAGCAGCUGCUCAAUCAACAGAAGCUGACCAAUCUGCGCAAGCGUUCGUCCAUUGGCCUGGUGUUUGGUGCACAGGCGGCGCUGUUGGCGACACGCAGCAAAGGUAACUUGCAACAAAGCACCAGCAACUCCAAGUCAAUUGAGGCCAUGCACUCCAUGGGCGCACGAUCGCCACACCAUCACCCAAUUAACCAAUCGAGCUUGCAGCGCGCCCAGAGCAAGGAGGAGGUGGGCAUGGGUCUUUAUCAGGCGCAUACACCAAUUGAGCGACCCAAGCGCACCUCCUGCUCCACUUUGUCCCAGAUAGCCGAGCAUGACCGUCUCAUUGAUAUCCAUCAACCCUCGAUACCAGCCAAGCAUGGCCCGCUCUCACCCGUGGAUCUGGUGCCCAUUGAGGUGCCGCGCGAGCAGGUGCAACAGUGUCUGGUGCAGGCCAUAUUGCCGCCGCCCGAAGCCUUUCAGUGCCCCACACCCCUGUCCGAUUACUCGGAUCGACCCUUUGGCAACAGCUCCGGCAAUAGCGAACUGGCCAUGAGCUACGAUCUGAUGACGAACAACUCGGAGAUGCGCUACAUGGAUGAGAGCUCCGCCAUGAUGACCACCACCAAUGAUAAUAGCAUUAGCUGCUCUCAAAGCAGCGCACCACGCACCGCUCCACGUUCCGUGCCCGUUUCCACAGCACAGCGAAGUGCCAUUCCACCACCGCCACCCGCACGCAAACAGCUCCAAAGAUCCAGCUCCCCCAUUGUUCCAGCGACUAAGCCCAGCCAGAGCCGGAGCGAGUGUCAUGAGGAGAGCCAAUCCCAGUCCCAGGAACAGGUAGCCAUUGAAAAACGUCUUCUCGUAUCAUACACAGGCAUCGAGGACUUUGCCAAGGGUCGGCGAGAGAGCUGCAUUGAGGCCAUUUGCCUGCUGGAUGUGCCCGGGCAUGGCAAUGAUCGUUUGCAGGCGGAUUGUCCGCCGCGUCGCGCCUCCAGCCCCAUGGAGACGAGCAGCAAGGAUGCGGUGCUCUACUCUCCCAUGCCACCGCCGCCGCUUAAACCGAUGCCGGUCACAGGCAAUGCUGCAGCAGGCGCAGCUGCUGGAACCGCUGCUACAGUGGCACCACCAGCACCGGCUGCUAUUCAGCUGGAGCGCAUUGAUGAGCGCGAAGCGUCGGACUCAAACACCAACAAGAUGCCCUCCACAUCGGGCACCACCAGCAGCUCGGCUGGUCCGGCCGGCGGCAUGAGAAAGGAUGCCAAGGAUCUCGAUGAAGAUGGCGGUGUCUCGCGUCGUGGCUCCAGCAAACGGCAUUUCAUGCACUCCAUUGGCAAGCAUUUCAAGAGCAAGAAGGCCCUGCCCCUGGUCAUGGGCAUGGGUGGCAGCCGGCAAAAGUCCAAGUCGGAGAAUCGUGCACGCAAAGCGUUUCGCACUAUCUCCUUCAUUUUGGGCUGCUUUGUGGCCUGCUGGACGCCGUAUCAUGUGUUGGCCCUGGUCGAGGGCUUCUGCCGGAAUCCGCCGUGCACCAAUGAGCAUCUAUAUAUGUUCUCCUAUUUCCUGUGCUAUGCCAACAGUCCAAUGAAUCCAUUCUGCUACGCAUUGGCCAAUCAGCAGUUCAAGAAGACAUUUAUGCGAAUUCUCAAGGGUGAUCUGCACAUGACCUAAGCGAGCCUCCGAGCUAAUGAUGAUGACGAUGAUGAUGAUGACGACGAGUUUUGGGAUGAGAUGAGAUUGAUCGCCGGAUCCGGCUUUGGCAUUGCAUUUGUCAAGCGGUACACAGCAUUUCCGAGAGCCCCGCGGAAUGUUGAGACCCAAUUUUAUUCGAACUGUAGAUUUUGGUUAAAUGCUCCGCCAAAUUGUGGAUCCCGCUCCUCCCCCAUCUGUGGAACACCAAUUGAAUUCAAAAUUUGAACGGUGUUUUUGUAAUUUAAGGUCAGCCAAAGGUGUGUGUUAGUUAGUGAAAGGAACUAUUUGUUUAGCGACUAGUAGAAGCUAUUAGAACGGAGUUGUAGUAAAAGUUGAGG